CUUUGCGUCCGUAUUACAUUCUUCUGUUUGUUUCACGUGUGUACUUGUGUGUUUUGGUUGAAUGCAAGACUGCACAGUUUUUCAGAAAGUAGUGAAACUAAACUGUUGUUCCCUGUAAUGGUUUACUAGGAAGUUUUGUGGUACUUGGUGGAAUGUAGGCUUGGCAGAGUGUGCCUACUCUAUGUGAGCUGUGGCCAGCAUGAGUCAGAGCUGCCCAGUUUCAAAACUAUACUCUCAAACGCGAUUUAUUUCGCACUAGUAAUGUUGGGGUGUUGCCUUUCUACCGUUGCUGUCCUUAGUGGGCACACACGCACACGCACGUGCGGCGCACACACACGGUGAGUCAUUUCCUGCCAGGCCCAUCGGCAGUUGCAGGAAGCAAACAAAAUUUCUCGUGUGCUCUCUAUCUCUUUCUCGUGUUGGUCACUAUCCCUGGGUCCAUUAUGUAAGGUAGCAAGUAUAGCCAUGAUGCAAACUCUUGAUUCAAUUCAAUGGGAUGGACCAACGGGAGAGAAGAACACAGAACAUCUGCCAAUUCCAGCUACUCUACAGCGGCCCUAGAGUUUGAGCAGCAGCACCAGCUCGCUCCCGUGUUCGACUCUCCCAGGAUGUCGCGCCGGAGCCUGCGCCUGCAGACCGGUGGUGCCGGUCUCUAUGGCGACGACAGCCAUGCCGACGGCCCCCAGAACCACGUCAGCUACACCACCAACACCACCACAAGCAGCAGCAGCAGGAAGGAGACUCGGACGCCUCGCAACAGGAAGCAGCAGCAGGCCGUCUCUCAGACCCUGUCCCUGAGCCAGAUGGAUACGCCCCGACAGACGCUGUCCUUCUCUGCCCUCAGCACCCCUGUGGCGGGCGGAGGCCUUCAGCACGCCGGCCUCGCCACCGACACCACCCUGCUCUCCUCCACCUCCGCCUCCACCUCCGUCCCCGGCCAGGCCAGCCUGAGACAACGUGCCUCCACCACCACCACCACCACCACCACUGCCGAUGGAUACUGGGGGUCAGGUCAUGAUGUUGAACUCACAGGGCGCAGUACUAGCCACGGCCACGGCCUCAACGGGGGCGCCGCCGGCAGCGUGUCCAAGUCUUCCGAACACACCACCGCCGCCAACGGCUACAUCUGUAAAGACUGCUCCAUACACUCCCCCAGCACGGGCGGCCUAAGCGCCCACUGCGCCUCAUCUUCGUCCUCUUCAUCAUCUCUGGGCGCCCAGGCCGCCGCGUCCGCGACCGGCGCUUUUUCCUCCUUCUCGUCGUCGUCGUCGCUGUCGUCUUCAUCCAUGUCGCCCUCCUCCAGCAUAUACUCCCGAGACAAGAGUCGAAGGAACAAAACGGGCGUCCUGGCGUCUGUGUCCAGCACAUGCGUGCGCUACGGCAGGAAAGCGGUCGCCCCCGUGGUGUCCCUCUUCACGCUGCUGUUCAGCAGCGUGCUCUGGCUAGGCUCGAGGGCCAGGAGCCAGGGGAAAGGCUACCUGACGUCCUUCUCAGACUCUGUCAGACGAGUGGUGACCUCCAGCAUGUCCAGUGUGUGGCUGUUUAAGCAGAACGCUGUCCGUAGGAUCAGAGGCCACAGGGCCACUGGCUAUGAAGGAGAAGCUCACUCCAGCUUCUGUGGAAGCAUGAAUGUAAAAGAUCUGGUAACGGGAGACUCGUCGCAUCUUAAACUCAACGGCUCCCUGUGCGACGACUGUAAAGGGAAGCAGUCCUCCCACGCUGCAGUGACACAGUCUGUCCUGCUGCUCUCCCAGUCCGCCACCCAGUCCUCCACCCAGUCCUCCACCCAGUCCUCCACCCAGUCCUCCACCCAGUCCAGGACUCAGCGUCUUGGGGGGGCGCUGCUGAGCUUCCUGGCUUGCACAGGUUCCUGCCUUUUGGUACCAGGCUACGGUGUGGUGCGUGCGGGCAAAGCGCUUGGCUCCGGGGCCGGGGUCGCGGUCUACACGGUGGUCCACACGGUGUUCCGGAAGCUGGUCUCGCUGAUCUACUUCGUUCUAGCGGCUCCAGUGCGUGUGGGCUGGGGACUGCUGUGGUUCCUGGCGACAGGAUGGUACCAGCUGGUGUCCUUCAUGUCUCUCCUCAAUGUUUUCUUUCUUACCCGAUGCGUUCCCCUACUUUGGAGACUGCUGCUCCUUCUCCUACCUCUUCUACUCCUGCUAGCUCUCUGGUGGUGGGGUCCGUCCACUGCAGCCCUCCUGGCCUACCUGCCGGCCACCAACCUGAGCCUGUGGCGGCCCGCCUCGCCCCUGGUCCUCCUGUCCAGCCUGCUCCCGGCCUCCGGACCCCCGCCCGCCCCCGUCCUGGAGGCGGAGCCGACCCUGAGCCACGCCACGCCGGCCACGCCCAUCUCCGCUGUGCCGCCUGCCCUCCCCCCCGCGGCGGCGGCGGCCCUAGCCAGUCUGGACCUGGAGCGUCUGGAGCGUCUGGAGCAGCGUCUGGCUCUUCUCUGGGAGCAGGUCCAGCGGGGGGACCAGCAGCAGGAGCAGCGCUUCGGGGACACGCUGGUCCUCCACAGCAGCCUGCGGGAGGAGCUGCGCACCCAGACGGACCGCGACAGCCUGGGCCUCUGGGUGUCCGGCCUGCUGGAGGGGAAGCUGGGCGCGCUGCGGGCGGAGCUGGAGGCGGGCGACGCCCACAGGGCACAGAAGGAGGAGCUUCUGCAGCAGAAUCGAGCCGAGCGAUUGGCCGAGGUGGAGUCUCUGCUGGCCCUACUGGCCUCCAGGACUGAGGAGGUGCAGCAGAAGCAGCAUCACUACAAAGUGGAGAGGGAGGAGGAGACCAUGAAGGCAAUGAGAGAGGCCGCCAUUCUAGCGGAGGCUCCAGACGUACCGGUGGCGCCCAUCAGCGUGGGGGUCAACCAGGAGGACCACGAGGCCCUGCUGGCGGAGGUGAGGCGGCUGGAGGCGGAGCUGGGGCGCGUCCGGGCCGACCUGCAGGGGGUGCUGGGGUGCAAGGGGAAGUGCGGGCAGCUGGACACCCUCCACGACACGAUCUCCGCCCAGGUGUCCUCCGAGGUCUCCUCCCAGGUGCGUCGGGAGCUGCGGGCGCUGUUCUACGGCUCGGGCCAGGCGGGCGAGGGUCACCACGGCGACGGCGACGACGCGCUGCCCGAGAGCCUGGUCCUCUGGCUGUCCGAGCGCUACGUGGGCGGGCCCGAGCUGCAGGCGUCCCUGGCCGCUCUGGAGCUGGCCAUCCUGAGCGACGUGUCCCAGCAGCUGGAGCGCAGCCGCGGGCAGGCCCUGCUGGACGCCCAGGCCCAGGCCCAGAGCGUCAGCGAGACCGUCCGCCAGACCGUCAGCCACAGCGUCCAGCACAGCGCCACCGCCCAGGGGCUGUCUGAAGAGCAAGUGCAGCUGAUCGUCCAGAACGCCCUGAGACUCUACUCCCAGGAUCGGACGGGCCUAGUGGACUACGCUCUGGAGUCUGGAGGAGGCAGCAUCCUGAGCACUCGCUGUUCUGAGACCUACGAGACCAAGACGGCCCUGAUGAGUCUGUUCGGCCUUCCUCUGUGGUACUUCUCCCAGUCGCCGCGCGUCGUCAUUCAGCCGGACGUGUACCCGGGGAACUGCUGGGCGUUUAAAGGCUCCCAGGGCUACCUGGUGAUCCGGCUCUCCCUGCGGGUCAAGCCCACCGCCUUCUGCCUGGAGCACAUCCCCAAGAGCAUGUCGCCCACCGGCACCAUCACCAGCGCCCCCCGCAACUUCACCGUCUAUGGUCUGGGAGAUGAGUACCAAGAGGAGGGUAAACUUCUGGGAGAAUACGUCUACCAGGAGGACGGGGAUUCGCUGCAGACCUUCCCGGUCAUGAAGAACGAGCAGGCCUUCCAGAUCAUCGAGGUACGGGUGCUCUCCAACUGGGGCCACCCGGAGUACACCUGCCUGUAUCGCUUCAGGGUGCACGGGGAGCCACGCCCGCAGCAAUGAGGCCCCGCCCCCACAGAAUACCAAACAUAUCAUGCUAAUGUACAUAAGCUCUCGUCGAGGAACACCGACGGCAGGGAAGGGGAGAGGGGGAGAUGGGGUGUGGGCAUAAGGAUUUUAAAAAGAAAAAUGUUUAUAUCAAAUACUUUUUUUGCAGAACACUUUUAACAAACUAGGAUGGGGUGAUCGAGUGGUGGGUUUAAAAUGUGGAACGGAAUCGUGAUGCGCCAUGCCUUGGUGCGUGAGUAGGACUGAGAAGAAUCAAAGAUGGAAAUGAAAAAGCAAAGAUUGAACGUCUGGGAUCAUGGAACAGGAUGUUGACUCUGAAGGAAGAAGGAGAUAAAGAAGAAGCAAAGAUGUCCCUCUCCCUUUUUAAAGCCUCCUGCACUCAGCCAGCCCCCAACCAGUGCAGCUAAACAACGACCCCUCCCUCACCCAUAUUAUUAUGCAUCUUUAUUGUCGUCACCUCCUCCGCUAUACAGACAUUCAGCCGGAGAACUGCAAAUCCCUCUCACCCCCUUCUCCGGCUCUGCGCUCCACUUCAUGUUUUCUUCUACUUUGGGUUUGUGUUUGUUUGAUGUUUAACCGUGUUAAUUUAUCCGGCCCUCCAUUAGAGAGUCUGAUGUUUAGUUGUCAGGAACAAAGCCACAGCACUCCUAGCCUGUGACACAAUAGUCCGGGCACGCCCCCCUCCCCCUUCUCAUCGUUUUAUUUUUGUGUCAAAUCUUCAAAAUAAUCGUGUCAACUUUAGAGACUGCUUAUGUUGGAGUACAUCCAAACAUCCUUUAUCUCUUAGGCCGACGCCCUUCCGUCUGGAUCACAAUACCCGACUUACGGACAAGCUUUGAAUGUGUUGCAUUUUUUAUUAUUAUGGGAUGGAGAGAAGUCCUCUGUACUCGCCCACACUUCAACCUUUGGAGAUGAACUAAGUAUGGAACCAAGUGUUGGAAAGUUUCGCUAUGAACAUGAACUCAAACCUGCGUUCAUUGUUGCAGUGUCGGAUUACACAAGGCUUGCAUGAGGAUACGGAUGGAAUGAACAUUUUCGAAUGAAGUGAAACGACGAGUCAUGGCCUGCUGCAAAUGUAAUUCGGAGUCGAUACAAAUGGGAUGGAAAAUGGGGGGCGUUUUUCGCCCUCUAGCGGUGGAAAGGUGUGCUGCGUUUGCGUCACUAGGGCUCUCUUAACUCGUGUACCCUGAAGGAAUGUAUUCUGUAUAUUGUGAAUAGAUGGUCUUUUAUAACCGCUAUCCUGCUUGUUGCUUUAGAAAAGAGGUGCGCCAUGACAUUAUAUUAAUUAUCACAUGUUAUAAGCUCUACUAUAUUGUUUAAUACGUCUUGUAAAAAAAAAAAAAGAAUGAGAUUUUCUUGUUUUUGGCUGGGUAGGGCUGAAAGUGUGCUAGAGGAGGCCCUGUUAACAUUUUGUUGGAAGUAACAAUUCAUCAUAUUCAUCAACCAAUUCAUCAUGAUUUGAAAUGGCGGGAAAGGAGUGUAAUUAUUGUUUUGGCAGCAUAGCAGGUCUAAAAUAUUUUGUAAAAAAAUAUUUUGUCAAUGGAUCCUAUUUAUUAUGUAAAUUUGUCACGACAGAUAGGACUUAGUACAAUUUAUAUUUUGUCAAAGGCUCAUCGGUGCAUAUUUGAAACAUAAAUUGACGCGUUUUUUGGUUUAUUCUGGAUAAAUUGCUUUUAUUUUUGUCCCUUUUUAUCUAUGAUUUCGUUACGACUGCUUUGGAUUCCUUGAUUCCAAUAAAGGGUUACAUUUUAA